AUGAUUAUUCCAACACGCAGACAAGAUCCGACUUUGACGGUCCCGGUCCCGACUCCUGGUUGUAGUUAUAAUGCCUUCCUAAGUAUUUUAUGGACUGGGGCUGGUUUGUCGUUGAUAUCUGUCUUCCUCCGCCUCAUUUCCCGUUUUAGAGGACCACGUCGCCUCUACUGGAACGAUGCCUUUGUCAUACUAGGAGAAAUAUUGUUCAUGUAUUAUGUAUUGGAUGUAUCCAACGGCAUCGCGCCCCCUGGACCUCAACUUCUUAUAGCUAUGAGGCACUUCCUAGAUGUGCAGCACAUUGCCGACGUAUUAUUCUACACUACUUUAGUCCUUGUCAAGCUCUCCCUUUUAUUUUUCUUCAGACGACUCGGCCAUAAUGUACAGGGACAAAAGUACAUUUGGUGGCCGUUCUUUAUUUUCUCUUUAUUGGUCUAUAUAAUCUCGCUUGGUGAUACCAAGUUCACAUGCUUUGGCGACCUGGAAUUUGCUGCCGGGUGGUGUUCCUCAAAGGAUGGCAGUGCCUACCAACUGAACGUAGUGAAGGCAAAUAUGGCUCUGGAUGUGUUCUCCGACUUUCUGAUUAUACUUAUACCCUUCACCAUGCUCUGGAACGUUCGAAUACCUAGGAAAAAGAAGUUGGCAUUUAUAGCUCUUUUCUCCUUGUCAGCAGUCACUAUUACUAUUGCUAUCAUACGGGCUGUUGCUUCCAACUCGCCACUAGAUGGAGGCCACCGUAUGCUUGAAUCUACGACUCUUUGGAUGUGGAGUGCGAUCCAGGGGUCUCUAGCCAUAAUAGUAGCUUGUUUAUCCGCUUUUCCUCAGCUUUUUACUGGAUCCACUCCCAAGAAGCCUGUCUGGACGCCGACAGAAACGUACUACCACCGACUAAGAGAGCGUAUGAAGACAAAAAGGGAAAAUACAGAAGCUUCGUACUGCUUUUCUACUGUCUCUGUUCAAACUACUUCUAGGGUUGAGCCCGCGAUCAGCUACCCUGGCAAUAGCUUUAUGAGGCCAGUUGACAACAGGGUAUUGUCUUCUGACAGCCAGUUGCCAUGGCUCACACCAAAAGAUGAGCAACAUAACGUAGCCGUUUCCUGCAGCAGAGAGUUAUCAGGCCAAGAAACGGUCGUGCUACAUCCAAACCAGAUUCAGCAUCAUGUAGGCUACCGUGUCACGUGGGAGUAAGUGUCAAGGUAUCAAGGUGAUGUGGGGGAUAUGGAGUAGG